CAUUUCUGCUUUUUCUCCACCAUCGAGGUAUGUGAGGUUCAUUCUUCUUCACCAUGUCUUCUCACAAGACUUUCAGGAUCAAGAGGUUCCUAGCCAAGAAACAAAAGCAGUAUCGGCCCAUUCCCCAAUGGAUUCGGAUGAAAACUGGUAAUAAAAUCAGGUACAACUCCAAGAGGAGACACUGGAGAAGAACCAAACUGGGUCUAUAACGAAUCACGCAGGACAUUGGAGAAGAACCAAAACUGGUUAUAUAUGG